CUAGUCUUUAGACAUUGUUGCUGUUCACGACAGAUAAUCACACGAAAACUCAACUCCGCUUCACAACACCGACGGACGGUCGUUUUUUCACUCGCUAUUUUCGAAAAGCAGCCCUCUUAAAAAAGAAAACCAGACGCUCCGGCUCACACUCGCCUUCUGCACCUGUUGGACUACAAACUGACGUCAUCUCCCGCUGCCUCCGUUUUGGCGGUGAAACUCACUGAGAUGGCUCCAAUCAAAUUUGUCAUUAAGUGUGGGAACUUUGCUGUGCUGGUGGAUCUCCACAUUCUGCCCCUGGGCGGCCAAGAGGACGCCAGCUGGUUUACUACAGACCACAUCGAGGAAGUUACAGCCCUGGUUCGAGAUGCUGUGGACCAGAGGGUUAAGCAGUACACAGAGUCCCUCCACGUUAAAAGACAGCCCAAACAGAAGAAGGAGCUGGCACCUGCUUCAGCCUUUUUUGUGAAAGGGAAGACCUUCAGCCUAGUUGCCAAUUUUCUAAAGCGUCAUGUCAACCUCAGAUGUAUUGCCAAGAAGCUCUACGGAGAUUUGCGUGUGUUUCCUGAACGCUAUGUUGUGUGUGUGAGCUGUCCAGAGGAUGCCUCAGCACACCAUGGAAACCCGAGCCUGCCCGCGACUGAGCUGAGCGAACAAAGCAGAUCGGAAUAUUUUUCCAGAGCUGGAGAAACCCAAGAGCCUUUAAACAGCCUCACAAAAACAAAGAAGACUGUGCUUCAAAAGAUAGCUAAACAAGCUUGUGUCCAGCGAGACCGCUAUGGGUCCAGUACGGGGGAGCUGCAGAUUGACCAGAGAGCCUGCCUCAAAAACCAAACAGGGGGACUUACAGCUGGCGAGUCAGAAUCAAGCCCAAUAUCGACCAGCUCUGGACAGAAGGCCUUCCCAGAGGCAGACCACAAGGUGCAUUUCACUAGUGCCUCAAAUGAAGCUGUGGUUCAGAUUGUGACUACUCGAAAGCAGGGUCUGACCCUGGAGCAGCAGACUGAGAAUAGUCCUCCAGACAGCAUCAACCCAAAUGGUGCCUCUGUAGUUUUAUGCCAACAUGAAAUCAGUCAGGAGGAGCACAGCAAGAGCAAGAGGUGCAAGUCGAGCGAUGUAGGGGAAGACCCUCACCCACAGAGGGCCAAGAGGACGUGCCUUGGAAGACCUCCAGCCACAACGCAAACUAACUCCACCAAGUGCUCCACACAAACAUCCAAGCAUGACCUUCUUCCUCUGCCGCCCUUUCCUCCAGUCGAAGCCAAGGCAGAGUCCAAGGCUUUCCCAGUCUCCGAGUGCAAGAAAACCACACUGGAAGUAGAGCUGCUUACUCUAGGGAAACGGGCCCAGAGGCUCCCCCUCACAAGCAAUAACACGGCACAGACAAACCAAAACAGGCUGGCCGCAAGUCUGAGGGGCCUAUCUGUCAAGCCUGCAUCCUCAGGCUCCUCUAUUAGUUCCAGAUCCACACUCGAAGAGGAGGGGAGUGAAAAUGUGCCCAGAACCUCUAGAUUACGACGACUGAAGAGGUCCUGAGGGGGAGAGACAAGCUACAGUAAAGAUGCCUGACGCCACAGAGAUAGAGAUGAUAUUGUGUCAGGCUACAUGUUUACCCCAUGCAGUCUCCUCAGAUGACAUGAAUUUGUACUAGUGUCACAUUUUACUUCACUAUCUAUUCUUUUCACAUGUGUUGUAUAUACAGUGCACACACACACACACACACACAGAUCAAAUGCUAAACAUAUUAUAGCAAUUGAUACAUGAGUGUUUGAGUUACACUUUGUCAAAUACUUGAAACAGACUUUGCCUCCACCCAUAAGUAGUGGUGGUCAAGAGAGGCUCGCAAAUGAAAGUCAAAAACCUUUAAUUGGAGUUUAGAUUUGGUUUUGUGUUAAAGAUUGGGGAUUUCAGACAGGCAGGAGCCAUGCAGUACGUCAUGGCUUUCAGUCUGAAAUACUGGCUCCUACGUGUCUGAAAACUGUCCAGUUUCCCCGCUGAAGCUCUGCUGUGAUUGAUUGCUGUUUCCAGAUUUAUUUCAUCACCCUAUUCUCAAAAAUGUACUGUUGUAGUUAGAUUUCAUUCAUAUACAAUUUGCUCAAUACUUAGUUGCUAAGCACCUGAAAUGUAUAUUUAAAUUUGAGGGUAUUAUGGAGCUUUUAUCAUUGAAUUUAAACCAAAAAUGUAUGGGUGUAUGGGCAGUAUUGAAAUAUUAGUGGUUUUCUUUGGAAAUAGCAGGACAUCUACAGUAUCACAGGUUAAAAUGUAGCUGCUGUCGUCGCUCCUGCCCUUGCCAAGAGACAACAUGGGGUAAUUAUAGUCACUCCUACCUGCGUGUAAAGCCCAAGACAUUGCACUUGAUAACAUGAUGUUGCCUUAUUAUUUUAGCUGGAAAGACAU